UUAAGAAAACGGAACUGAGUGUGUGCGUUUGACGCGCUGACUGAGGAUGUGGGCAGGAAACGCCAUGCAAGAGCAAAGAAGCGAUCACGCUUCCCAGCGCCGUUGCACAAUACAGUGCGAGCAAAAUGCGCUUUAAUCGGCCCCGCUGAUGUCCAGGAGCGGACGUUCUCCUCGGAUCUGCGCCCCACUGCGGCCCUCAGACAGCCGCCGAGGAGGAGCUUCAGCCGGUGUGGGAGUCGAGUCCGAUCCGAGCCAGAGCGCAGCCUUCCGAGCCUGCUCGCCGUGAAAACAUCGGGGCUGGUCAGCGGGUGGAGAGAGAGAGGGGGGGAGGCUUCGUCGCUGGGGAAAAAAAAGGAGGUGUCUGCCCUUUUUAAAAAAAAAAAACUCUCUCCCCCAACCCUAAAAAAGCCAUGAGGGAGUACAAAGUGGUUGUUUUGGGGUCGGGCGGAGUCGGCAAAUCGGCGCUGACGGUCCAGUUCGUGACGGGCUCCUUCAUCGAAAAGUACGACCCAACCAUAGAGGAUUUCUACAGGAAGGAGAUCGAGGUGGACUCGUCCCCGUCCGUCCUGGAGAUCCUGGACACGGCGGGCACCGAGCAGUUCGCCUCCAUGCGAGAUCUGUACAUCAAGAACGGGCAGGGCUUCAUCCUGGUCUACAGCCUGGUCAACCAGCAGAGCUUCCAGGACAUCAAGCCCAUGAGGGACCAGAUCAUCCGGGUCAAGAGGUACGAGAGGGUCCCCAUGAUCCUGGUGGGCAACAAGGUGGACCUGGAGGGAGAGAGAGAGGUGUCCUCCGGAGAAGGCAAGGCUCUGGCCCAAGACUGGAACUGCCCCUUUAUGGAAACUUCAGCCAAAAAUAAAGGAUCUGUGGACGAACUGUUUGCAGAAAUAGUGAGACAGAUGAACUACUCCACUGUUCCCAGCGGUGGAGACCAGUGCUGCUCCUGCGUCCUGCUCUAAGGCUCAUUUAUCACCUUCUUCAAAGUUGUCCUGCAGGCUUUUUAUUUUGAUUUUUGAUUUUAUUUUGCUCAAAGUAUUCCCUCUCUCUCUCUCUCUCUCUCUCUCUCUCUCUCUCUCUCUCUCUCUCUCUCUCUUUCUCUCUCCUCACACUGUUGUCUUAUUGUUGCACACAAACUUAAAAAGGAAAUCGACAACAAUCGAUUAUGUAUCAUAAGUCUGGAAAAGUGUUUACAUGACAAAGUACUUGAAUGUUUUGGGAUUUUUUUAUAGCUUUGUAUAUGACACUUCUCUGGAAAUGUGCCUCAAUGGGAAUGUCUUAUUGUGAAACCUAAGAGACACAUGUUUUUCUGGUUAUUUUUUGUGUUUUUUUCCCCUUCUUUUUUUGUGUUUUUUGUUGAGUUGUACUGUUAGAUCUUCUGGGCUGGGUCCUUCUGUCUUGGAGAUUGAUGGUGGCGGGUUUUUCGUGCCAAAUCCCCAAGCCGAGAUAGGAUGCUUAAGGUCUUUAUUUUGGGGCUAAAGGAGGGCUGGGAAGUGUGUCUAAAUCGCCCAUAAACUUAUCAAUCACCACUCAAGCCUUGCACAGGUUUACUCAAAUCUAUUCCUCCAAGACCCACCCAGUUAGAUUCUGUAUUUGAAGCUGUGGACUGUGGUGGAGUUGUGUUAUGCUGACAUGUUUUGUUUUUUCUCCUCCCCUCGCUCCCUCUCCGGUCUGGUGAAAGUGGAUUUAUCAUGGAACUUGCACUUAGCUGACGGUGUCCCUCCUCAGUGUGCACAAACGUCGCUGCAUGGGGGAAACGCCACGACCCCAUGUCAAGUGCCUUCCUAAGAAAUCUCCUGUGACUGUGCCAACUGAUGAGCCCUACUUCCUCUGCAGUGCGUCUUGAUGGCAAUCAGAACUUCUUUUUUUUUUUUUCCUUUCGCAGUUUCCAGUGUACACUUCAUUUUUCGGUGUCGAAGAGAGAAGCGCCUCUUCCUAUUUUACUGUCAGGAAGCUCAGCUUGUAAUAGACCUGCUGUUUCAGGGUCACAUUCAGGCCGUUUCUCGAGGUACUAGUAGUCCGACAAGAAUAACUUCUUUACUUACUGGGAUUUUGGUUCAGUGAAUGGCAAGCCAUGUCUGUAUGUAUUAUCUAGAGUUUUUUUUUCUUUUCUAAAAUGUGACAUUUUUGACUUACCGUAAUUGUAAUUCUCCCUUUGGACAAAUCUUCUGCCAUCCAGCUGUCAGUUUGAAAGACUUGUAAUACAAAAAGCAUUUUACGUAA